ACUCUGGCCGUGAUGGGUUACCGGGGCCGGAUGGAGCUGAAGGGAAUCCUGGGCCGCGCGGCCCCCCUGGCCCCCCGGGGCCUCCGGGCGGGGGCUUCACCAUGGACCUGGAGGAUCUGGAAGGAUCCGGAAAGUCCAGCGGCUUUGGUGCAUUUCUACCCAAAGGCCCUCAGGGACCUCCUGGGAUCCCUGGACUUCCAGGAACUAUGGGUAAAGACGGGUUGGAUGGGCCUCCAGGGAAGACGGGAGCAAAGGGGGCGUCGGGGGCGCAUGGAGCUCCCGGCAAGCCAGGUGCAUUUGGACUAAACGGAGAUGAGGGACAAAAAGGAGACAAAGGUGACGCCGGACAAAAGGGAGGACCAGGAAGGGACGGACUCAGCCUACCCGGCCCCCCAGGGCCCCCCGGGCCUCCAGGACCAAUCAUAAACCUCCAGGAGCUGAUGCUCAACGACACGGACGGAGUGUACAACUUCUCAGGGAUGGUGGAGCUUCAGGCUCCAAAGGGCCCCAAGGGAGAUAUUGGAUUGCCGGGCGUCAAUGGACCAGCGGGGCCAAAGGGAGAGAAAGGAGAAUCAGGCGUUGUCGUGAUGCCCGACGGCUCCUUGAUGUCUGACCUCGGGGGGGUAACCGGACCUCCAGGAAUCAAGGGCGAUAGCGGUUUGCCCGGAGCGGCAGGCGUUGCGGGGCCGACGGGGCCGAAGGGGCCGAAGGGAGAGUUUGGGUACCCUGGUCGUCCGGGUCGCCCCGGGGUGUCCGGUCCUAAGGGAGAGAGCGGGUCCUCUCACAGCCCGCCGGGGCCUCCUGGACCCCCCGGUCUCCCCGGCCGCCCUGGCAUGUUCAACUGCCCCAACGGAACCGUGUUCCCCAUUCCCCCCCGACCCCACUGCAAGAACGCGCUGAACGCGGAUGGUACUGUAAAUGGAAACUGUCCGAGGGGAGAGAAGGGGGACAGAGGUCAGCCAGGCCUUCCUGGUUGGUCUGCUUUGCAAAACUCAUUGUAUCCCGGAAGAGGCGGGCUGGGUAGCCAUGGUGACCAGGGCAUUAAAGGGGAGAAGGGAACGCCUGGGUACGCGGGUAUCCCUGGGAGACAAGGAGCAACGGGGCCUCCGGGCCAGUCUGUGCACGGCCCCCCAGGUCGGCCGGGGGUCCCCGGCUCCCCCGGCGUCCCGGGCUACGGUAGACCCGGUUCUGUUGGCCAACCCGGCCCCCCCGGCCCGCCCGGACCCCCCUCCCGAUACGGCUCAGCGGUGACCGUCGCGGGUCCCCCCGGCCCCCCGGGGCCCUCGGGGGCGGCUGGGACCUCAGGAGCUCUGAAGAGCUUCUCCACGCGGGAGGCCAUGAUGCAGCACACAGUGAGGGACGUGGAGGGAACGCUGGCCUUCGUCUCGGCCACCGGAACGCUCUUCCUCAAGGUUUCCCAGGGCUGGAAGGAGGUCCAGCUUGGCGGCAUGGUCUACCUCUCCAGUAACAUCAUCCCCCAGGACGAGCCCCGUCCGGCGUCCCAGGCCAGAGGAGACGCCAUGGAGCGAGUACGCUCCGUCUCGCAGAGGCUGACCCUGGUGGCGCUGAACCAGCCCCACUCGGGGGACAUGAUGGGCGUGGACGCUGCCGACCGCAUGUGCUUCGAGCAGGCCAAGGCCAUGGGCCUGCCGCCGCACUACCGCGCCUUCCUGUCGUCCGGGCGCCAGGACCUGCUCCACGUGGUCCACCCGCUGUCCCGGCACGCCACGCCCGUCACCAACCUCCGGGGUGAUGUGAUGUUCAGGAACUGGCACGCGGUGUUCAGUGGCGACGGAGCUCCGAUCGACGCCAGGAUACCCAUCUACUCCUUCGAUGGACGGGACGUCCUCGCUGACCCUUUCUGGCCUCAGAAGAGUGUGUGGCACGGUUCGGCAACCAGGGGUCUGCGGGUGCAGGACAAGCACUGCGAGGCGUGGCGAGCCGACCACAUGUCCGUCACGGGCCUGUCGUCCAACCUGCUGUCAGGGCGGCUGCUGGGCCAGCAGACGCGCAGCUGCUCCAACCAGUACAUCGUCCUCUGCAUCGAGACGCACAAGACAUAGGCCACGCCCCCCCCCCCAUCUCCGCCCAGACCUUUCUGACUCCGCCCCCUCUCACCUGGGCCUUUCUGACUCCACCCCCUUUCCCCUGGGCCUUUCUGACUCCGCCACCUUUCACCUGGACCUUUCUGACUCCGCCCCUUUUCACCCAAAACUAUGUGAGUCCGCCCUCCUCCACCUGGACCUUUCUGACUCCGCCCCCUCCCAUCUAGACCUUUCUGACUCCGCCCCGUCCCAUCUAGACCUUUCUGACUCCGCCCCCUCCCAUCUAGACCACUCUGACUCCCCCCCCUCUUAUCUAGACCUCUCUGUCUCCGCCCCCUCCCAUCUAGACCUCUCUGACUCCGCCCCCUCCUAUCUAGACCGCUCUGUCUCCGCCCCCUUCCAUCUAGA